GCCGGUUUCCGAAACGUUAUUCAAAUCUUCGAUCAUCUAAUCGAGCUGUUAGAUUUGAUCAACUGUUAACCAGUGACGAGUUUCUCAAACGUCGAUCAUCUUAAAAUUAUAUGAUCGUAGAAAAUCGAUUAUCUGACAUACGAUUUGGUAUCGAUACUGUCACAAUCGGCUGUCAUCCUUCAAAAUUUCAUUUUAUAACCAAAAAAUUUCAAUCCAUAGUAAAUAACUACAUAAUUUAUAUAAUUAAAAAAUAUAUUAAAAAUGAGCAAUACCAACGGAAAUCCUCCACGCAAAAAUUAUACUGAGAGAGAGAGAGAAAUGUUUGCUGUUGGAAAUAAUUGGAAAAUACAAGCAUAUUAAAUUGAAAACAAAUAAUGUACCAAUGCUAUGUCCACCAACCAAAACAAUGAAACCUGGGAAAAAUAGCGCUGAAUUUCCCAGAACACCCAAGCAGCUGAACACUGCAUAUAUAAACUUAAAAAGGGUCACUAGCCAAAAAGUAGCAGAGGAAAAUAUUCAAAAAUAUAAUGAGCAGAAGGUUUUGGACCAGUUGAAGAGAGACCAAACUGCGGACAAAAAAGACAUACUUGCAACAGGUGGUGGCACAUUUAGGCCUCGUCUCACAGAUGUAGGGGCACAAAUGUUGAGUUUGAUUGGCAAUCAAAUCCAACCUUUACCCAACAGUUGUGACAGUGCAUCUGGUUUCUUCACAUCUGUUGCACAAGACAGUCAAGUGGAAGUAGAUUACCUACAAUUGGAAGACACAUAGCAGACAUCCAAUGUACCCUCUACUUCCACUGUGCUGCUCAGUACACCCACGACAACUGCUGUCCUGCCCAAGAAGACAGCCAAGAUGUCUCAGGCUCGUUCAAAAAAUAAAAAAGUAAAAGAUGUAGGGAGCGAAACCCUUAAUGUAUCUUUUACAAAAAAAAUUGAAACAGCAAGACUAGAAAAAAGAAGUAAGAUAGUAUUUUUCAACAAGAAAAAAAGAAAUUUUAGAAGUAGAGCUUCAAAUAAAAAAAUUCGAUCUCAAUAAAUUAUUCGGUAAUAGUGGUUAGGUAUGUACCUAAUAAAGUAAUUUUAAAUAAAAAUUGUAAUUUCUUUAAAUAAUAAAAUUAAUAAAAAAUG